AUGUCCACCAGCGUCCCCGACACCAAAGUCGACAAUGCCUCCCUUCAAAACAUAUUUCUAAGCAACAGACCUACUUCCAACAACGAAGAAGAUGACGCAUGGGACGAUGUUGAGCUUCCAGAUGACGGGCUAGGAAAUGAUAUCUUUGCAGAAGCUCCGCCCGAUGAGUUAUUUGAUGGAAUGGGAUGGGAUGAGGAUCCUGUGCUAGCCCUUGAUGACCUUGGUGGGUCAGUAGAGUCUGGAGUCGGGGAUAUCAAGAUGGAGACGGAUGAGAGCAAAAGUGGAAAGGAGUGUGAUUCUGUUACGGGUACAGGCCGUACUGGGGAGGAUCUUGAGGAUUUGGAUCUGGAUCUUGAAACUUUGGAGAUUCCCGUUGCACAGAGUGAGACGCAACGUCAUGAAUUGGGUGGUGCGGAUGCAUUUGGGGAACAAGUCCAAGGGGCCUAUGCUGAUUCCGGCGUGGGAGGGGACGACGUUUGA